AUGGGAGUCCGACUGCACCGUUUAGAACAAGAAUUCAUCCAAGUCCGCAAUCAACUGGCCGUCUUACAAGCACGCACGGACAAUGCGCCAUCUCUUCCGCAAGGGCCCAAGGCCUCGGACGCCUCGGAUGGCGCUCCAGACCCCCGGUCCACCUUCAAGAAAUUGGCCAUGGAGUCUGUGAACCCCACAGAUUCCCUGAUGCCUGAAGAGCCCCCUGGCCAUGAUUGCCCGCGCGACCAGGCUCUCUUCCCCAAUGUGAAAUUUUUCAUGCAGAGAGACUGGAACGAAUACAAGCGCAACAACGGGAAGGCCACACGCAUCGGUGACAAAGUUAUCCGAGGCAGGAAGAAGUCAGCCCAGGGCGAGAACCACACCGCCCUGUACAUCGAGCACAUUGAUGGCACUCCUGCCGAUGGUGACUACAUCAACGAUGCCCGCAACUUCGCGCGCCAGUUGAUCAGCCUCGCGAUCUCGACUAACUAUUCCUUGCCCAAGAAAUGGCGUCAGGCUGAUGUGUGGUUUCAGGAGCUCUUCUACAUCAGGAAAACGUCACGGACUUGGACCCAUACUUGA